AUGUUCCUCCGCUGGAACAAGUCACCCCUUUCCUCGGCCCCAGACAGAGUCAUUUGCAUAUACGGUCCACCCGGCAGCGGGAAGAGUAUACUAGCCUCUGCCAUCGUGGAUCGACUGUGGACCGAAAAAUUCUCCGCGUUAUUCUUUGCGUUCUCCAGCAUGAACUCUAAUCAACAAAAGCCAAAUGGCCUGAUUCGCUCGCUUCUAUGGCAAUUGGUGAAAAUUGUCAUUCAGGAACAGAAUACCUCGAUUCUUUCCACUUUGAUGCUGAGAGGUCAGCCUACGACAUCCGACUUGUGGAUAGGGCUCAGUGAGAUGGCCGCGCUGGUCUCGGAACCGGUUUACUGCAUCAUCGACGGCAUGGAUGAAGGUUUGGACUCCCUCUCCGACUUGCUUCAAAGAAUCCUUGCUUUCCUCGAGGCUCGCUCCAACUUCCGAUUCAUUUUGCUCGGUAGGCAGCAUUCGUUCCACCAAACUGAUUUUAUCCAACACAAAAUCGAGAUACAUCCUGCCUUGACAAGACAUGAUGUUGACCGAGUCAUUGAAGCGGGGAUCGACCGAUCUGCUAUCCUCAAUAAACCUGAAAUGCGCGAAAAGGUUCUCAAGUCACUUCAAGACCAGUCAGAUGGGAAUUUUCUAUGGGUCAAACUGAUGUUUGUGCACUUGGAAAAGUCGCUUCCAUUGGCCCAUGGGCUGAAGAGACUGAACAAAUUGCCUCGCGACCUCGAAUCGAUUUACGAAGAAUUCCUUCUCAGGCUUGCCAAGAACCUAGACUCAGACGAAUUGAACGUUGCUCGAAAGCUCUUUGCGUUCAUAGCUGUCUCGCAGAGACCAUUGAGUAUCAUCGAAGCUCAGCAUUUACUGGCCGUCGAAGCCUUACCAACUUGCACAGACAAAAGGCAGUCCAUUCAGGAAUGUCUCAUCCCCGAACUGGAUCGAAGGAUUUCAGACCUCUGUGGCGAUCUUAUCAAUAUCGUGAACGGCAGUUUACAAUUGGUACACUUCUCCGUGAAGGAGUUUUUGGUGAGACCCAAGAAACAUUGGGCGAGCUAUGGGAAACGUCGCAAAACCAUGACGUUUCGGGUAUCUCCACAAGAUGCACACCGUUCUUUUGCGUCAGCUUGUAUGGGGUACCUUGAAACAUGUCUCGACGGCUCCCCUAUACAUGACCAGGACAAUCUAUCUGAGCUUGAACGAUCUUAUCCAUUCCUGGGUUACUCGUCGACCUAUAUGCAUACUCAUAUGUAUCAGUCGGGAUUUCCGACAGACGCUACGCUGAACAACAUUCGGAAUUUUCUGAGCUCAGACCAAUGGAUAGCUUGGAUGGAAGUUCUUUUUCUGAGCUGCAUCGAAGACAAUUCUCUGUAUUCUCAACUUGAGGAAGGCGAAAAACUCGUAUCCUGGUUGGGUGACCAGCAGGAGGUAUUUUCAGAAAAGGCCUCCAGCAGUCUCAAAGUUGCCCUUGAGAGACGAGCUCAAAUAUAUGGACCCGGAGACUCACGGACUGAGCGGGUUGGUCUCUUUCUCCACCACUUAAAAUGGAUCUCCGUUUCACCCGCAGCCAAGGUUGAGGAUUCUUCCGCUAUCAGUACCCCAGACUCAUCACGCAGCCUUCAGCAAAUGAUGCGAUUGGUUAGAAAAGACGAGCCACUACCAUUACAGCUGAAGGCCAAUCUAUUGUUACAAAUGGUUGUCCAUCUUCAAAAAGUCAAAAAUCUUACAGUUUCAAUGCAAAUCCUCUUCCGAAGGAUUCUGCAGCACUGUUCAACCAUGCCUGUUUACGUCCUCCUACUCGUGGGCGAAUUUUACGAUGACAACAACAAGUUUGAACAAGCAAUUGAGUUCUACUUGGUUGCUUUGAGGAAAAUCGACCAGAAAGAUGACCGAGUCAAGUUUGCCAUUUUACACGCUAUUGGUUGGGCAUAUCAAGAGCUUGGCCAGCAUGAGAAAGCUCUUCAAAAUAUGAUUGUCGCUAGCAAAGGUUGGCAUAGAGUCCUUGGACCUGAGCAUGAAGAUACCCUGCAGAGUCUUCAUGAUAUUGGUUAUUCUUAUGAUAAACUUGGCCAAUACACCGAGAGCUUGGAGUUUUAUACAAAGGCUCUCGCUGGCCGGGAGAAAGUCCUUGGACCUGAGCAUGAAGAUACCUUGUGGAGUCUUCAUAAUAUCGGUUUUGCUUAUGAUCAACUUGGCCAAUACACCAAGAGCUUGGAGUGUUAUACGAAGACUCUCGCUGGUCGGGAGAAAGUCCUUGGCCCUAAGCAUAAAGACACCCUGGAGACUCUUCAUAAAAUCGGUUAUACUCAUAAUAGACUUGGCCAAUACACUAAGAGCUUGGAGUUUUAUACGAAGGCUCUCGCUAGUCAGGAGAAAGUCCUUGGCCCUGAGCAUGAAGAUACCCUGCGGACUCUUCAUAAUAUCGGUUGUACUUAUGAACACCUUGAGCAAUACACCAAGAGCUUGGAGUUUUAUACGAAGGCUCUCGCUGGUCAGGAGAAAGUCCUUGGCCCUGAGCAUGAAGAUACCCUGCGGUGUCUUAAUAAUAUCGGUGAUGCUUAUGAAGAGCUUGAGCAAUUUACCCAGAGUUUGGAGUUUUAUAUGAAGGCCCUCGCUGGUCGGGAGAAAGUCUUUGGGUCUGGGCAUGGAGAUACUCUGACGACUCUUGGUUGUAUUGGCCGGGUCUAUUGCCGGCUUGGCCAGUAUACCGAGAGCAUGGAGUUUCUCAAUAAAUGUCUUGCUGGCUACGAGAAUGUCUUUGGGCAUGACCACGCGCACGCGGUGCAAACACGCGCCAUGAUUCAGUGGAUACACGGGAUGAUCGAACAAGAUAAAAAGGUACACCUCAUUCUUCAACGCUCUAGUACUCCAAGACCUGGCGAUCAAGAAGGUUAUCAACCUACCCGCGAACCUGAGCAAGUAUGA